AUGCCAGUGCAAAGUGAAAGUGAUCUGACCCUCUGUCAAAAGCCAUUGUCAUGUACAAAAAGUUCCCUGGACAAAUUAGAUAACAUAUUUGCCAAACUUGUUAUCAUUGGCGAUAGUGACAGAAAAUUUCCAAAAAAAAUCGAAGAUUUGCCAAUGUUUUGCAAUGCAUCACUUGAAAUGAUUAAAAUUGUUGAUCAAUACAACCAACGGUGUAACAAACAGCUCAAUAAACAGGUGAUGUCAUUGUCGGUACACACGGCUCGGACACAAAUGGCAAAUGUCUGUAAAUCGGGUAAAAAACAGGAUCAGCUUAUGGCUGCCUUUCCUUGUGCCACAAAAAGUAAUAAAUCUGUUAACAAGUGUAUGACGAGACUUAUUGACGCUAUGAUUGGCGCACAAAAUCUUCAAAACGACAAAUUAAAAAUAUAUAUGAUUAUUAUCGCUUUAAGUCAUGCGCCUCCCGGAGCUAUGACCAGACAAAAGGUGUUGAACCUGUUAUGUGGUGACUAUGAAGAAGACUCCGAUAAGUGUCGGACAAUGAAAACACCGAAACGUCUAAAAUCACAGAAAAGAACUAAAAGUUUUUUCUUACCCUUAACUCAAUUAUUGGAUAGUUUUCAAAAUUAA